AAUCUCACCACCUGACGCUCUUUUUGGUCCACGCGACCCGACCCCGCCACCAUGGAUCCGCCGACAGCGGCAAAAGCAUUGCAGUUGCUGCAGACGACGGGCAUCGCUGCCCUCGUCUUCGCAGCAUAUGCCCUAUGGCCCACGAUGCGACGCACACUGCAGCUUGCAAAGAUUCCCAAUAUGAGCGAAUUCGGAACGGGCGAGAAGUACCGCCAGACAUUUCUCUCGUCAGCCAGAAUGAUUUACGAAAAGGGAUACGCUAGAUUCAACGACUGUUGUUACGCACUCUUAAAUGAGGAUGGGGUACCCACUGUCAUUAUUCCUCCAAGCCUCCUGCCAGAACUGCGAAAAUUACCCGACGAUGUCGUCGACUUCCAGGAGGCCAUUAGAGGAAUAAUGGAAGUAGCUCACACGCAUUUGGACACAGGUAGUUCUACGUCCAUUACUACCAUCAAGGCCAACCUUACGCCAGCGCUAACCCGGUUGAACCCGACCAUUUGCAAUGAGGUUGAUGCAGCACUGAGGCAGGGCAUGCCGCCAUGUGAAGACUGGACUCAAGUCAACAUCUACGAAAAGCUAGUCCUUCUUGUUGCAAAAGUCUCGGGGCGUAUCUUUGUCGGCCCAGAGACAUGUCAAGAUCCCGAGUACCUUGACACCGCAUGCAGCUACACAUUGGAUUUAAUGAAUGCUGUCACUGCUCUCAAAAAGAUGCGACCGUGGCUGAAACCGUUCUUGGGAUCGCGCACGCCAGAGGUCAUCAAGCUUCGACAACGCGAGAAGCUCGCCGAAAAAGUCCUAAGACCCCUAAUCGAGGAGAGAAUCAACAGCAAAGCCAACGACCCCAACUGGCAGGAGCCAGACGACCUUUUGCAAUGGAUGCUCAACAAGAGCAACGGGAACGACUCUGUCGAACAACUCAUUGGAUACCAGCUCUCAAUCAUCUUUGGUGCAGUUCACACCACAACCACAACUGCCACCAACAUCCUGUACACGCUCGCUACCACGCCAGAGUAUAUUGAACCACUCCGCGACGAGAUCCGUAACGUUCUGGCGGCCAACGAUGGGGUCAUUACGUCUCGCGCACUCCAGCAAAUGGAAAAGCUCGACAGCUACAUGAAGGAGGUGAUGCGCUUCAACCCACCUUUAAUGACAUCCUUCACUCGCUACGCCAAAAAAGGCUUCUCGCUGAGCAACGGCCAAUACAUCCCCCAAGGCGUCAUGAUCGAAGUUCCCUCAUCUGCCAUCUACCGCGACGAAACCUUUUACCCAUCCGCCGACCGCUUCGACGGCUACCGCUCGUACAAGCAGUGUGCGAGCGGCAAGGCCCAGGACAUUGCCCGCAACCAGUUUGUCACGACAAACGAAACCAACCUCGCCUUUGGCUACGGCAGACACGCCUGUCCCGGCCGCUUCUUCGCCACAAACGAAAUCAAAAUGGUCCUCGCCCGCCUCCUGCUCCAGUACGACAUCAAGAUGCCCAAUGGCGAGACGGAGCGUUACCCCCAGAUUGAGCAUGGCAAGCAGUGCGGCCCCGAUGCUACCAAGAUGCUUUCGUUUAAGAGGGUUGAGGUGUAGACUUUGGAAUGUAGGAAACAUGCAUCAUUUUCUUGAUCAAUAACAACCAAGUAGAGUACUUGACACGACAGAUGUAAGAAGAAUAAAAUAAAAACAAAAUUC